ACCCGGGAGGAGAAGGAGGAGGCGAAGGAAGGGAACCCGGUCCCUGCGCCAGGUCCUUCAGCCAGAGCUUUUUCCAUGUGGAGGCUCUUUCAAUGGACGUGUCCCCGCGUGCUUCUUAGACGGUCUGCGGUCUCCUAAAGGUCGACCAUGGUGGCCGGGACCCGCUGUCUUCUAGCGUUGCUGCUUCCCCAGGUCCUCCUGGGCGUUGCGGCCGGCCUCAUUCCCGAGCUGGGCCGGAGGAAGUUCGCGGUGUCUGCUGGCCGGUCUUCGUCCCAGCCCUCGGACGACGUCCUGAGUGAGUUCGAGUUGCGGUUGCUUAGCAUGUUCGGCCUGAAGCAGAGACCCACCCCCAGCAGGGGUGCCGUGGUGCCCCCCUACAUGCUGGACCUGUACCGCCGGCACUCGGGCCAGCCUGGCGCGCCCGCCCCGGACCACCGGCUGGAGAGGGCAGCCAGCCUCGCCAACACCGUGCGCAGCUUCCACCACGAAGAAUCUUUGGAAGAAUUGCCAGAAAUAAGUGGAAAAACAACCCGUAGAUUCUUCUUUAAUUUAACUUCUAUCCCCACUGAGGAGUUUAUCACCUCAGCAGAACUUCAGGUCUUUCGGGAACAGAUGCAGGAAACUUUGGAAAACAAUAGCAGUUUCCAUCACCGAAUUAAUAUUUAUGAAAUUAUAAAACCUGCCACAGCCAACUCCAAGUUCCCUGUGACCAGACUUCUGGACACCAGGUUGGUGACUCAGAAUGCCAGCAGGUGGGAGAGCUUUGAUGUCACCCCUGCCGUGAUGAGGUGGACAGCGCAGGGGCUCGCCAACCACGGGUUUGUGGUGGAGGUGGCCCACCCAGAGGACAGCCACGGGGUCUCCAAGAGGCACGUGCGGAUUAGCAGGUCUUUGCACCAAGACAAGUACAGCUGGUCACAGAGAAGGCCUUUGCUGGUCACUUUUGGCCACGAUGGGAAAGGACACCCUCUCCACCAAAGAGAAAAGCGUCAGGCAAAACACAAACAGCGGAAACGCCUCAAGUCCAGUUGUAAGAGACACCCUUUGUACGUGGACUUCAGUGACGUGGGGUGGAAUGACUGGAUCGUCGCCCCCCCGGGGUAUCAUGCCUUUUACUGCCACGGGGAGUGCCCUUUCCCCCUGGCUGAUCACCUGAACUCCACAAACCACGCCAUCGUCCAGACGCUGGUCAACUCAGUUAACUCUAAGAUUCCCAAGGCGUGCUGUGUCCCAACAGAACUCAGUGCCAUCUCCAUGCUGUACCUUGACGAGAAUGAAAAGGUGGUAUUAAAGAACUAUCAGGACAUGGUUGUCGAGGGUUGUGGGUGUCGUUAGCACAGCAAAAUAAAAUAAAAUAAAUAAAUAUAUAUAUAUAUUUUAGAAAAAAGCAAAAAAAAAAAAAUCAAGUUGACACUUUAAUAUUUCCCAAUGAAGACUUUAUUUAUGGAAUGGAAUGGAGAAAAAAAAACAGCUAUUUUGAAAAUAUAUUUAUAUCUACGAAAAGAAGUUGGGAAAACAAAUAUUUUAAUCAGAGAAUUAUUCCUUAAAGAUUUUAAAAUGUAUUUAGUUGUACAUUUUAUAUGGGUUCAACCCCAGCACAUGAAGUAUAAUGGUCAGAUUUAUUUUGUAUUUAUUUACUAUUAUAACCACUUUUUAGGAAAAAUAGCUAAUUUGUAUUUAUAUGUAAUCAAAAGAAGUAUUGGGUUUGUACAUAAUUUUCCAAAAAUUGUAGUUGUUUUCAGUCGUGUGUAUUUAAGAUGAAAAGUCUACAUGGAAGGUUACUCUGGCAAAGUGCUUAGCACAUUUGCUUUUUUUUUUGCAGUGCUACUGUUAAGGUCACAAGUUCAUGUCCAGAAAAAAAAAAAAAAAGUGGAUAAUCCACUCUGCUGACUUUCAAGAUUAUUAUAUUAUUCAAUUCUCAGGAAUGUUGCAGAGUGGUUGUCCAGUCCAUGAGAACUUACAUCCUUAUUAGGUGGAAUAUUUGGAUAAGAACCAGACAUUGCUGAUCGAAUAUAGAAACCCCCCACCCCUUAGUUUGCAGAAAGAGUAAAGCAGGACCAAUAGAAAUAAUUAAGAAAAGAUGAACCUGCAGGAAAGUGAAUGAUGGUUUGUUGUUCUUCUUUCCUAAACUAGUGACCCCUUCAAAGGGGCUGGUCUGGCCAAAGUAUUAAAUAAAACAUAAGAUUUCGUCAUUAUUGAUAUUGUGGUCAUGUAUAUUUAAAAUUGAUAUCUAGUGGCCCUCAUGAAGAGUUGAAAAUUGAUUUGUAUUUUACUUUUACCUCACCUAAGAGCUCUUUAUGCUCAAAAGGACUCAAUUUUCUAACUGCCUCUCCACAGCAAAAUUGUUUUCUGCCUACCCCUGUUCUCUGUUCCAUCAGCUUGCUUUUCUUUCCAAGGUUAUGUGUUUGAACACAUUUCUCCAAAUGUUAAACCUAUUUCAGAUAAUAAAUAUCAAAGCUCU